AUGUCGGAUUCAUGUCAAAUAAUCGAAGGUAAUGAUAGUCAUUCCAAUGAAAUCAAUGAUGAACCACUUGAUCCUCGAAUACAAAUUGAAUUAGAACGUGCAAAUGCUGCAACAAGUCAAAUAAAUAAUCUUGAAACUCAAUUAGAUAAUACUCAAAAAUUAUUUCAAAUAAGUUUUACUAAUUGUAAACAACGUUUAGCUAAUUUAGCAAAAACACUUGGUCGUUGUGUUGAACGUGCACGACCAUAUUAUGAUGCUUGUAAACAAGCUGAAGAGGCACGAUUAGAAACUCGAAAAGCUGCACAAGAAUAUCAAAAUUCUGUUGAAUUAUAUCAUACGGCAAAAGAAAAUUUAAUUCUUGCAGAAAAUAAAUUAUCAAAAUCUGAUAAUAAAACAUGGCAAGAAUAUGUCAAUCAUAUCAAUAUAAAAGUUAUACAAACUGAACAAGAUAAAUUACAUUAUGAACAAAUACACGAAGAGAAAUCAAAACUUUAUCAAGAAUAUGAACAACAAAGAAUAAAACUUUAUCGUUCAUUAACAAGAAUGAUUACUAAAUCAAAACCUUAUUUUGAUGCAAAAAUCAAAGCAGAAAAUGAGCUGAAAAAUCAAAAAUGUCGUAUAGAAGAUAUACAAAAAGCAAUAAUGCAAGCCAAAAAAACAUAUCGUACAGCAUUGAAUAAUCUUGAACAAAUUUCUGAUGAAAUUCAUACAAAACGUAAAAAUCAAAUUAUAAUGAAACUUCCUCUACGUGAACCAGCUGUUGGUGCUGAAAAAUCCGAUGAAUUUAUUGAAAUACCUAGUUUUGAAUUUUCAAAUAUUGAUCUUUCUGAUGAUUCAUUUGAUAAUGAAUUUUCAAAAUCAACAAAUUCAUUAUCAAUUAAUACAAGUAUGAAUUACAUUUAUCCACCAUCUAACAUUAAUAUGUCUAAUAAUCUUUCAUCAUUAAUAAAUAAUAAAUUUCAAAAUCACUCUAGUAUACAAACAAUUGCAUGUGAAAAUUAUGAAAAUGAUCAACAACUACAAAAAGAUAUAAAAACAAGUAAAAAUGGAAGAAUAAAUACAACAGGAAUAUUAAAGAAAAAUGAAACGCCAUUGCUUUCGCAUCUUUUUGGAACACAUAAAUUUCAUAGUGAUUCAAAUUUAAAUAUAAUAAAAUAA